UGUCUGCCCCACGUCAUGGCGUCAUGUAAACAAACAUGGCGGACGUCGCUGCAGAGCUCCGUUUCAAACGAGAUGUUUCUAAAUGGAAAAGACAGAACGCAGCCGAACACCUGCUAACUUCCUGUCUGGAACAAAUUCUCGCUGUUACAUUGAUAAAUGUGUGAAAUGGAUAUUUAGCGGUUAGCUUAGCAUCACAGGUUACCAUGGCAACGCGAGCUAACCUUGUUCCGGUGCUGUGGUCCUUCUAUGAAAAAUGAAAUAACUGGACUUUGUCUCUGUGAGGAUGUGAUGAGGUUCGCUGGUUCCAAGCUCACACAGACACUGAACGGUGGAUUUGAAUGAUCGUCACAUUAAACACCAACAAGUCCCGCUUCAUGGAGCAGUACAGCAUCCUGGGCCGGGUCGGAGAAGGAGCCCAUGGCAUCGUUUUCAAGGCCAAACACGUCGAGACAGGAGAGACGGUGGCCCUGAAGAAGGUGGCUCUGAGACGGCUGGAGGACGGCAUCCCUAACCAGGCUCUGAGGGAGAUCAAGGCCCUCCAGAAGAUCGAGGACAACCAGCACGUGGUGAAGCUGAAAGACGUCUUUCCUCACGGUACCGGCUUCGUCCUAGUCUUCGACUUCAUGCUGUCGGACCUCUCUGAGGUCAUCAGGAACUACCAGCGACCUCUGACCCCUGCUCAGGUGAAAGGGUACAUGAUGAUGCUGCUGAAGGGCGUGGCCUUCCUGCAUCACAACAACAUCAUGCACCGGGACCUGAAACCAGCAAACCUCCUCAUCAGCUCCUCUGGUCACCUGAAGAUUGCCGACUUCGGUCUGGCCCGGUUGUUCAGUGAUCGUGGUGAACGGCUGUACAGCCACCAGGUGGCCACCAGGUGGUACAGAGCUCCUGAGCUGCUCUACGGAGCCAGAAAGUACGACGAGGGAGUGGAUCUGUGGGCGGUCGGCUGUAUUUUCGGGGAGCUGCUGAACUCGUCUCCUCUGUUUCCUGGAGAGAACGACAUCGAGCAGCUCUGCUGCGUUCUCAGAGUGCUGGGAACGCCAACGCAGGAUAGCUGGCCGGAGAUUGCAGAGCUGCCCGACUACAACAAGAUCACCUUUAAGGAGAAUCCAGCGAUCCCAUUGGACGAGAUUGUCCCUGACACGUCUCCUCAGGCCGUCGACCUGCUCUACAAGUUCCUGGUGUAUCCGUCCAGACAGCGCUGCUCCGCCAGACAGGCUCUCCUCCAUCCAUACUUCUUCUCCUCUCCUCUUCCUGCUCACCACUCGGAGCUGCCCAUCCCUCAGAGGGGGGGUCGACCCCCCCGCCAGCGCCUCCAGGCUCCGCCCACUGACUUCUCAGUGGACCUGCCCCUGCAGAACAGCGUGGUGAACCCUGCGCUGCUGCAGCAGCACGCCUCCUGUCUCUGAGCGGUUCUGAUGGAGGUCAGGAGGAGCAGAACUUUCCUCGGAUCCCGUUCUGGUUCUGACCAGAUCCAGAACCUUUAGCCUUUAGCUUCUAACAGACCAGAAGAAAUCAACAAAACUGCUUCUGUUCAUAAAAUCUGAUGGAGGCUGACGGGAUAUGUUCACCUCACGUGGCUGUAUUUGUGUGUGUGUGUGUGUGUGUGUCUUAAAUAAACGUAAACAGUGGAA